CAAACCUUACCAACUUCAAGAACACUGAGACAGUGGUGGCGCAAUUGCCAACCUCACUAAGAGAUCGUGUCACCAGCAAAGCGAGCUGCCGGCUCUCCUGCAUUGACGUUUUCAGAGUUUUUCUACUCAUGCUGACUGCUAUGCUGCAACAAAUACUUUAGUUGUGCAUGUUUAGUAAAAAUGAUAUCGAUAAGCAAGGCCGCCCUGUUUCAGGAAGAGAUACAAAAUGGAUGGUAAUUGUAGCCUGCAUCAUUAUUUUUUUCAUAUGCUUAUGGCUCAUCAUUCUUCUUCUUUUGUGGCGUAUGGGUGUUACUUUUCGAUGGCGAACUAAACAACUUGAUUCUCCUGAGGCAGAGAUUGGAGAAAUAACAGAUCAGCCACCCCCGAAUGUAUAUGAAAGUGAUGAAGAGCCUAUUUAUGAGGAAAUCAGGGAGGAAGAUAUGUAUGAAGAACCAAGAAGACCAUCUGAAAAACCUAUGUACGUGGAACUGAUUCCUGAGGAAAACUACUAUGAAGAAAUUGACGAGGAGGACUACGAAAUACCAUUACCUGCCAAAAACAAGAAAUCUUCAAGUGGACAUUACGAAUCUCCAAUAUACGAUGAGCCGAAUAAUGACUACGAAGAAGUAAACAACAAGACUUCAGUACACGAUAGCGAAACUGAUGUCUCUGCAAGAAAAUCAAAAGAAAUUUUUGCUAAUACAAUGACUUAUUCCAAAAAGAAUAUGAUCUAUCAGAAAUCUGGUAUGGGAUCUCAGCCUUCCAUGGAUCCAAUAAAGAGCCAAUACAGAUCUGACUCGGAGGUACUUAUUGAUAUUAUUGAAAGGGCUUCAAGAGGAGAGUUUGAUUCUUCCCAGCCUGGUAGUCUUCCCCACGAUCUUGGAGACAAAGACAUCGAAAAAUUGAUUUGUAAAAUGGAAUCGCAAUCUGAGUACGGUACGGCAGAAAAACGAGCAGAAGAAUACGUUCAGGAAACUCCGAUACCAUCUUCAAAUGUACAUCCGAAAUCUAUUCAAAGAAAAGUAAAAUCAGAUGCAUAUGUAAACCAGUUAACCAAGCAUCGGAUGAAGCAAUGGAGCGACGAUUUCAUCAAGUCUCCCAGCGAAGUUAUAUCAUCUAAAUACCGGCGAUAUUCUCAAGGUCAAAACUUACCUGUCAAUCAACAACUUAAUAAGUGAUUGCAAACCAGAAGCUAAUGCCUGGACUACAAAAAUUUUAAAUUAUGAUAAAAUUUAUUGUUAAACCGGGAACGAAAUAAAUGCCUGUACUUUUGAAUGGAAUAAAAAAAUUUAGAGUU